AAAAAACCGGAGUGAACGUGAAUCACUAGCACUCGGUUUCGAAAUACUAGUAUCCUGUUAUGUGAAAAUUAAACAUAACCUAGUUAUUCAGCAUUGUCAAAUUAAAAAGAAUCGUGAGGGAACCCGAGACUGUUAUGUUCCAUUUAAAGUCCUCGUUAAAACGUCGAUCAUUUGAACUUGGUACACUGGAGAGAUUAGGCGCUGUAUACCCAGGGUAGAGGAUCAGAGAAGAUGACCAGCCGGGAUGUUCUGAAGAUAUCUAUAGCAGUCCUGUGUAUCGGGGCUAUUCAAGCUUUUACUGCUGAUUCAACAUGCGGGGUAUCCAAGGGGUGCUUCAAAUCGUACGAGUGUUCGUCUGGCGACUGCUCAUAUCUGGUCACGUGGUACAGGAGCGGAGACCAAAUGAAGUUUGAAUUUACUUCCACAAUCACUGGUUCUAGUAAAUACCUGAGUUUUGGUCUCUCAGAUGAUGAUGAUAUGGGAGACGAUAGUACGAUGACCUGUAAAUAUGAGUCGGGCUCGGUGUCUGUAGAAGGAGGUUACAACGUAGAGGAAACCUACACCAUCCUGUCCAAUCCUUUAGAGAAAAUAACUAAUAUUGUGACGUCAGCAACCGGAUCCAUAUUUAAGUGCUCGUUUGAUAGACAAAUUAAUUCCACCAAUCCAAAGAUAUUUGAUCUCAACACCAAAUGGUACUUAUUUAUUGCAGAAGGAUUUAUAACAGAUGGCAUCCUCCAAGAACAUUAUGCCAGCCAUCCCCCUAAGACUGAAGACGUCGUUGAUAUGUUUGCCUUUGAGGUUUUUAUCGGAGGCAAGAUGAAUGAAAAAACAGCAAAAUUACAUGGUUUGAUCAUGGUUUUAGCCUGGAUGGUGUUUUCUAGUGUUGGAAUGACUAUCGCGAGGUUUUUUAAAUCAGAGUGGAGCGACAAAACAAUCUUGGGACAAAAAGUCUGGUUCCAGGUUCACAGAGCUUGCAUGGUGUUGGUGCUGGCAUUGACAGUGGUUUCUUUUUUCAUCAUUAUUCUGUCUGCGGGGGGAUACAGAGAUAACUUGGAGGCGUCGGACAAGAAGCAUUUGAAUUCACAUCCAAUUUUGGGAAUAAUUGUGUUGAUUCUGACAUGUAUAAAUCCAAUCAUGACGUUCUUUCGGUGUUCGCCAGACGAUAGUCGCCGUAAAAUCUUUAACUGGGCACAUUUUGGGGUAGGAGUAUCCUCGCAUAUUUUGGCGGUGAUCACAAUAAUCUUCGGACUACAACUGACGAAAUCAGGAGUGAAAAUAGGAGCUACCUAUGUUGUUUAUGUGUACAUUGCUGUAUUUGUUGUAUUUGAAGUGAUCUUUGAAAUUAUCAAAAUGCGAGAGCGAAACCAAGUUGACGAUACAAAGUAUGAAAUGAGAAUAAUUGAAGGAGAAGAAAAGAAACAGAUGUCUGGAGAAACCCAAAAAUUUUCUAGAAUUAGGUUUUUCCUCCUGAUUGGUCAGCUGGUAGCACUAGGUGUUCUGGCGCUAGCUGUCAUUGUCUACAUACUGCUGGACAUAGGCGCCAAAGGACAUUAAAAACAACACCCGUGAUAUAGCAGGCUAUAUCAUACACUGAUCUGAAGGAAGUGUUAAAAACAGGGGAAAAAAGGACUCUUGUAGAUACAGAGAAGCUCAAGUAGCAUGUUGUGCCUAGUUAGAUACAUGGACAUGUAUGCAUUUAAAAGUACAGUAAAGUGUUCUGAUCAUAGUAAAUAGUAUCGCACUGAAAUUUUGUAUGGUCUGUUGAGAGUCUGAAUGUUUUCUGGUAUGUUCAAUUAACAUACAUUGAGUGCUCUACUCAAAAACACACAAUGACGACAACAACUUAUUUCCCUUAAUAUAAUCCAGAACCUUUAUCAUGAUCGCAAAAAAUGCGAACACAUUUUCCCAAACACACAGGAAUUUCCACGUAGUAAGUGUACUUAGAUAUUACUUUUAAUUAAAAAUAUAUAUUUGGGUAAAAACAGGGUAUGUCAUGAAGAUGAUGCUUCUUGAAUCCUGAUACUGAUAUUUUGUGUUGUCUUAUUAAAUUUUUAAUUGAAAUUUGUGUUUGUUCAAUAAAAACAAAAUUGACAAAUGUUA